GCGAAGCUCGUCACUAGACCUGCUCAAUCGAGCUCGCAUCGUUCUCGUGUUGAUGUCCGCCAUUGUGAAUCCAUAGAGUGACCGGACACAACCAGAGAACCUUUUUCCAAAUAUGUUUCUGUCUUCAGCGCUUCGGUCUGCCGUGUCUCAUGCGGGCAGGCAGGUGCGGAGCCUGCACAGAUCUGCUGUCCGCGCUGGAGCAGGAGGAAUCUUUGUGCACAGAGAUACACCAGAAAAUAAUCCCGAUACUCCAUUUGAGUUCACACCCGAGAACAUGAAGCGAGUUGAAGCCAUUAUAAAAAACUACCCUGAGGGUCACAAGCAGGCUGCCACCAUUCCUGUCCUGGACCUGGCUCAGAGGCAGCAUGGCUGGCUCCCCAUUUCAGCAAUGAACAAGGUAGCUGAGAUCUUAGAAGUCUCCCCCAUGAGAGUGUAUGAGGUAGCCACGUUCUACACCAUGUUCAACCGGCAGCCAGUGGGAAAGUACCACGUCCAGGUGUGCACCACGACACCCUGCAUGCUGUGCGAUUCGGACAGCAUCCUGCAAGCCAUCGAGAAUAAACUGGGCAUCAAGGUUGGCGAGACCACAGCAGACGGGCUGUUCACGCUAAUAGAAGUUGAAUGUCUUGGUGCUUGUGUUAAUGCCCCAAUGGUCCAAAUCAAUGACAACUAUUAUGAGGAUCUGAAGCCUUCAGAUAUUGAGCACAUCAUUGAUGAACUGAAAGCCGGGAGAGUCCCUCCACCUGGGCCAAGGAGUGGCCGUUUCUCGUGCGAGCCUGCCGGAGGACUGACCUCUCUGACCGGACCUCCUCCUGGACCUGGCUUUGGAGUCAGACCUGACUUAUAACUCCAAUACGAGUCCUCAUCUAACUUAACCUGAGUCAUAUAAAUAUCAAACAUCAUUAAGUGUAAAUAAAAAUGUUAUUCAUUGUA